AUGUCUACCGCUGCUUGUAUUUUCUGCAAAAUCAUCAAGGGUAUGCAACCCCGUCGUCCGCAUGCUUUCUUCCUGGCCUGCGCGACUCGGUCGGGUUCACGCGCAACAAUCCUCUUUGAGAGCGACAAGGUCUUUGCUUUCCUCGAUAUCCAGCCGCUGAGCCGCGGCCACGCGCUCGUCAUCCCCAAGUUCCACGGUGCCAAGCUCACCGAUAUCCCCGACGAGGACCUGCUCGAGAUUUUGCCCGUGGCGAAGAAGAUCGCUAUCGCUAGCGGUGCCACGGACUACAAUAUUCUGCAGAACAACGGGCGCAUUGCGCAUCAGGUUGUGGACCAUAUCCCCAAGCCCAACGAGCAGGAGGGUAUGUCCAUUGGCUGGCCGACUCAGGAAACCGACAUGGACAAGUUGAAGGCGCUGUUCGAGGAGAUCAAGGCGAAGAUGUAA